GCGACGGGGAUCUUAGCCGCCGCCGCCGCCGCCGCCGCGCAUCCGGGCUGGCGGUUCUCGGUUUGUUCCCAGCAGCCAGGCACGCUGCCAAGAAGAAGAGCAGAGGACAGCCAGAGAGAGAGCUGAGAGGGCUGAGAGAAACUCCAGUGAGAGAGACUCCGAAAGACUCCAGCCAUGUCUAUGUACCUGAAGCAUUUCACCGUUGUGGGAGACGAUCCUGCUCAGUGGAACAAUGACUACAAGAAAUGGGAGGAAGAAGAGAUGGAGGAGGAAGGGGACGGGAAGCCGCCGGAGACGGCCAUUAAAGUAGACUCGGCCCCCAGGCCUCCCACCUUCCGGGAAAUCAUGAAGAAGUUGUUUCAGUCACACAGAUUUCAGAUCUUAGUGGUCGGUCUAGUUAUCUUGGAUGCUGUGCUGGUCCUUGGGGAAUUGCUUUUGGAUUUGAAAAUCAUCCAUCCCGAUAAAGAUGAGAUUGUGCUGAAGGUCUUCCACUACCUGAGCCUGUCCAUUUUAACGCUCUUCCUGGUGGAAGUCAGCUUCAAGAUCUUUGCCUACCGCCUGGAGUUCUUCCACCACAAGUUCGAGGUCCUGGACGCUGUUGUUGUCAUCGUGUCAUUCGUUCUCGACAUCGUUGUGGUGUUCAAGGAGCAUGUGUUCGAGGCGCUCGGACUGCUGAUUCUGCUCAGACUGUGGCGAGUGGCCAGGAUUAUAAAUGGGAUAAUCUUGUCGGUGAAGACGCGAUCCGAGCAACAGGUGUCCAAACUGAAACAAGCCAACCUGCAGCUCACUGUAAAGGUUGAACAGCUGGAAAGCAGUUGUGCGGAGAAGGAGGUAGAAAUUGAAAGGCUUAACGACCUUUUGAAGCGACAUGGGCUUCUCAGCCAGCCUAGAUAGAUGCCUGGCUGCCCCGACUGGAGCGAACCCCUUCCCAGGAGUAAGUUCCAGCACCAAGAAGCCCGACUCUUUUCAUACUGUGACAUUUUGAAAAUAUGCUUUUGUAUAGGCAACUCCUGCCCUAUUGCUCUUUGAGACUCAGUGUUGUAACGGUCCACAAACUAGAAAACCACUUGUAUUCCAAUCUUUAAUUGUACAGAUGUACAGUUUAAAAAAAAAAAA